AUGAACCUUUAUUUUACGCCCUUAUUGUUUCUCCUCCUUUGUAACGCAUACUUAAUUAUAGGGGUGAAUUUAAAAAGAAAAAAAAAAUGCGUCUCUUUAUUCUUAAGUUGUAAUUUGAAUAGUGCACAUAGAAACAAUCACCAGAGUCGUCUGUUCUGUUACAAAAAAAGGGUAAAAGCGAAGGAACUUAGGAAGCUGUCAACUGAGGAGCUUGAGAAGGAAAUCAUCAAGUGCAGACUGGACAUACAAAAGUUCCAACACCAGGGAUUUCACGAUAUACAUAACUAUAACGUCUAUUACGAGAAAAACGCUAGACGAAAAUUAGCGCAGCUGAUGACCAUAUACUAUGAGAGGUACCUUGACAAGAACGUGCGGAUAAAAAGUAACUCUUCUGAAGGAGCAGACUUCACUUCGGUACCACCCCCACGGGGGGACGAAGAAGCAAAGGAGCCAAGUAGCCACGAAGAGUGA